AUGAGCAGUGAGCAACAUGCAGAAAGCAUUCUGGAUGAAACGGUUCCUUCAGCGUAUCUCCGUCAUGGUGAUGCAGCUAAGGAGCAGCCAGAGCCUGCUUUCCCCGAGUUAAUACACCAUGCGGAAAAGAGGGACCAGCCCUCAGCGCAAACCACAUCCUCUGGAAGCGGGACAGUUGUAUCUCCUGCUGCCAGGGCCGGACCUAAAGAGUCGGACAAUGAGAAAAGCAAUCAACGUGCUUCGAGUGAGAGUUCUGGUGGUUCCUCUCCGUCAUCACCCCCUCCCCUUCAACUAGCUCGCUCGGAUACACUGAAUCGCCAAACCUCCGUUGAUUCAUACGGCAACACAUAUCCUGAAGGAGGCCUUCGUGCCUGGCUCGUUGUAUAUGGCUCCUUCAGCGGUAUGACGGCGUCGUUUGGUCUUAUGAACACAAUUGGCACCUACCAAGCGUAUCUCAGUACGCACCAAUUGUCUCACCUGGAUGAGAGUACGAUCGGGUGGAUCUUCAGCAUAUACACAUUCAUGGCAUUCUUUUGUGGGGUACAGAUAGGGCCAGUCUUUGAUGCAAAAGGACCCCGACUUUUGGUCUUGGCUGGAACUUUGUGCAUGGUGGGAGGCACCCUUGGCAUAGCUGAAAGCACAGAGCUAUGGCACUUCAUCCUCUCCUUCUCGCUUGCCGCUGGCUUGGGCACGUCCUUGAUAUUUACCCCUGCCAUCGGCUCCAUCGCACAUUUCUUCCUCAUCAGACGUGCUUCAGCUACUGGUCUCGCUACAACUGGAGGCAGUAUUGGUGGGAUAAUCUUCCCACUCAUGUUGCAGCGCCUGUUCCCUCAUGUGGGCUUCCGUUGGGCGACGCGGAUCCUUGCAUUCAUUUUUCUAUUCCAACUUAUCGUGGCCAACAUCCUCAUCCGUUCGCGGCUACCUCCACCACCAAAGGGAAGUCCAGCCACAAGUAUGUGGCCUGACUGGAGGAUAUUCAAGAAUCUUACUUUCUGCCUGACUACCGCGGGGACCUUCUUCGUGGAGUGGGCGCUUUUCGUACCUCUCACUUAUAUCACCUCAUACUCUAUCGCUCACGGAAUAUCCCCCAGCUUUUCGUAUCAACUACUCGCUGUUCUGUAA